CAAACGUCAAAGUGUGAGGUUCUUCUUGAUUUCUGUUUGCAUUUUUAGUGUGUUUUUAGACAAAAAAAAAUUUCAUUAUGUACCGUAAGCCAGAAGCUGCUAAAAUACAAGAAUUGAGAGAUAUUGCUCAUCGCUUACGUAUCCACUCAAUCACAUCAACUCAAGCAUCCAAAUCUGGACAUCCUACGUCAUGUGCUUCUAUCGCAGAAGUACUUUCGGUUUUGUUCUUCAAUACUAUGCGUUAUAAAUUGUCAGCUCCACGUGAUGAAUCAUCCGAUCGAUUUGUCUUAUCAAAAGGACAUGCAGCUCCAAUUUUGUAUGCAGCAUGGGCUGAGGCUGGUCUAUUUCCAAUUAGUGACUUGCAGAAUUUACGUAAAAUUGACUCCGAUUUGGAAGGACAUCCAACACCACGUUUGAAUUUUAUUGAUGUUGGAACUGGAUCUUUGGGUCAAGGAUUAUCAAUUGGAGCCGGUAUGGCUUAUGUUGGAAAGAAUUACGAUAAGGCAAGCUAUAGAACUUAUGUUCUUGUCGGUGAUGGAGAAUCCGCUGAAGGUUCAAUUUGGGAAUCUUUACACUUUGCUGGGCAUUACAAAUUGGACAAUUUGUGUGUCAUUUUUGAUGUCAAUCGUCUCGGACAAUCGGAACCAACAAGUUUACAGCAUUCAAUGGAAGUUUAUCGCAAACGUUUAGAUGCAUUUGGAUUUAAUGCAAUUGUUGUUGAUGGACAUGAUAUUGAGGAGUUGUGUCGUGCAUUUUUUGAAGCUGAACAGACAAAAGGACGUCCAACAGCCAUCAUUGCAAAGACGUUUAAAGGAAAAUUCUUCCCAAAUAUUGAAGAUCUUGAAAAUUGGCAUGGAAAGCCACUCGGUGACAAUUCUAAGGAAGUCAUUGACUAUUUGAGCAGUUUGAUUAAGAAUAAAGGUGCUUUGAAUCUUUCACCAUCAUCUCCAAUCGAUUUAGCACCAAAAGUUUCAAUCUCAAAUAUCACAUUAUCAUCUGACCCAAGCUAUAAAUUAGGGGAACAAGUUGCAACACGUUUAGCUUACGGAACUGCUUUGGCAAAGAUCGCAGCCUCAAAUGAUCGUGUUAUUGCCUUGGAUGGUGAUACAAAGAAUUCAACAUUUUCUGAAAAGUUGAAGAAAGUUUAUCCAGAACGUUAUAUUGAAUGUUUUAUUGCUGAACAGAAUCUCGUUGGAGUCGCAAUUGGAGCUGCUUGCCGUGACCGCACCGUCGCAUUUGUAUCGACUUUCGCGACAUUCUUUACUCGUGCAUUUGAUCAAAUCAGAAUGGGUGCAAUUAGUCAAACAAAUGUUAACUUUUGCGGAUCACAUUGUGGUGUUAGUAUUGGAGAAGAUGGACCAAGUCAGAUGGGCUUAGAAGAUAUUGCCUUAUUCAGAACAAUUCCUGGUUCGACUGUUUUCUAUCCAAGUGAUGCAGUUAGUACUGAACGGGCCGUAGAACUUGCCGCGAACACUAAAGGAGUUUGUUAUAUUCGUACAUCAAGACCAAAUACGGAAGUAAUUUACUCAAGUGAUGAGAAAUUCGUUAUUGGAAAGUCUAAAGUGGUUAAGCACUCAGCAAAUGAUCAGCUCUUAAUUAUUGGAUCAUGUGUUACUUUAUAUGAAGGCUUAAAGGCUGCCAAGGAAUUAGAAGGACUUGGAAUUAAUGCUCGUGUUUUAGAUCCAUUCACAGUUAAGCCUUUAGAUCGUGAUGGAAUCAUUGCAAAUGCAAAAGAAUGUGGUGGACGAAUUGUUGUGGCUGAAGAUCAUUAUCGUGAAGGAGGAUUAGGCGAAGCUGUAUUGUCAGUGGUCUCUGAUCAAAGAAAUAUUGUUGUCAAGCACUUAUUUGUACCAGAAGUUCCACGUUCAGGUCCACCAACUGUUUUGAUUGACAUGUUUGGAAUUAGCUCACGUCAUAUCGUUGCUGCUGCACAAGAAAUCAUGAAAUUAUAAAUUCAUUCCCAUUUUUUUUUACAAUUUUUUUUAGAAAAAAAGCAUUUUUAAUUGGACAUUCCUCAUAAAAACUAUUUGUUUCAUUCCCUGGAAAUUUUAUGCUAUAUGCUGUAUACAUUGUUAAUCUGGCAAUCAAAAUAUGAGAAAAUAAAAGUUUAAAGCUUUCACUGUAAUAGAAA